AUUCCUUCUUCCUUCCAGAGAGAGAGAGAGAGAGAGAGAAGAGAGAGAGGAAAUGGGUGGAGAAGGUCAAGUUUUGAAGCGAAUUCCUCGCAUUAAAUUCCCGCAGAGACACCCAAAGCCCUCAUCUUCAGGUACAACUCCAGAAGCUCAACGAGCAACAAGUAAAUUCACUUAUAAGAUGCCAACUCCAAAGUCUGAUGUUCCAUUGCCACCCCAAAACACUGCUGUGGGAGGGAAAGCUUCUCUUCAGCCAAAACGUACCCCCGUCACCGAUAGAGAGAUUGAGGCUGUAUUGUUGGGUGGUUGCUUUGAUUAAGUCAGGCUGAGGAGCAGAAUGAUGUGGAAGAAAAAAAAAAUGUUGCUUCUUUUUUUUCCCUGUUUUCUUGGUUUCAGCCAAAGAAAAUGUACAAAAAAAGAAGCCAUUGUAAUAUAUAAUUUAAGUUGUACGAACGAUGCAAGGACCCUCUUAUCGUUUAGAUCCAUGGGGACCCUCAUGUGAAAUAAUCUGUUGUUUUGCUCGGCAUCGAGAGCACCAAUAGGAAUGGGUUUUUUUCUUCUUCUUUUUUAUUU